AUGGUAAUAGAUACUAAAGACGUUAAUCCAGACCUUGAGAAUAUGGAGGGGUCAAACAAGACACCAUGUCAGUGCUUAAGGAAAGACCUUUGUAAAGAAGGAGUUAAGAACCCCACUGCAAUAGAAAGUAAACCAGUCAACUUUGAAGCAAGCAAACAGUCUAACACAUCACCAGUAUCUAAAGAUUAUUAUAAUAUACCUGUUAAUAAAUGUCCACCAAAACUGCAUAGCAAUUACUGCAUUCGAGAAAACAAUGAUUUUAAACCAUUGUUAGAUGCACCGAUUGAAAUUCCAACGCGUUUAGAACAAGAAAAUAGUUACAAAUUUGUUAGUAGACUGGUAAGAACUCCGACUGAAAUCCAAAAUGAGAGAGAUGUGACGCCUGAUGGAAAUCCAAGUUUGACUAAACGAGAAGCAAAGUCUCUAAUCUUUGAAUCUAUGGCUCAAUCGAUUUCAUCAUAUGGAAUGGAUCUGGACAUGAAUUCUUCUUUGUUAUAUUUUAUAUCAUGA